AUGGCUGUUGAUGAGUUAAUUGAAUAUAUAAAAAUAUGUAAAAAAAAACCAAUUUUGUUACAUCUCCACGUAGCACCAUUUAUUGUUAUUUAUCUUUUUAUUUUAUUAUCAUGGAACUUUUAUUUUCAAAAUGAAGAAAAUUAUUUUACAUUUAUUGUCUUAUCAAGUUCUAUUUUUCUUCUUCAAAUUUUACUUGGAUUAUUCUCAUUAUGGUUUAAAGAAUUUUAUUAUAUUUUAGCAUAUAAAAGUGAAAAAAAUUUAAAAAAUGCAACACAUGCAUUAAUUAAACCUACACUAAAUAAUGGACGAUCUGAAAUUGUACCAAUUAAAUAUGAUAAUCUUAGUAAUGGAGUAAUUAAAAUUUCAAUUGAAUUUCAAAAAGUUGUUUAUAUUUAUGAUAACAAUAAAAAACAAUUUAAUCAAUUAGAAUUUGAUAAUAAUAAACCAUUUAGUCAUUUUAAUUCAUGGUUAGGUUUAACUUCAGAAGAAAUUAUAACUGAAACAAAAUUAAAAUAUGGUAAUAAUAAUAUGGAAAUGAUUGUACCAUCAUUUAUGGAAUUAUUUGUUGAUCGUACCAUAGCACCUUUUUUUGUAUUUCAAAUAUUUUGUGUUGGUUUAUGGUUUUUAAGUAAUAUGGUUAUUUUUUCUUUAUUUACUUUAGUUAUGUUAGUAUUACUUGAAAUGACUGUUGUAUUUGAACAAAAAAAAAACAUGAAAAUGAUAAGAGAUAUGGGAAAUAAACCAUAUUUUAUUGAUGUUUAUAGAAAUAAAGAAUGGAAAGUAAUUCAAUCAAAUGAAUUAAUUGUUGGUGAUUUAAUUUUAAUAGGAAGAAGUUUAAAUGAUGAUAAUGUACCCUGUGAUUUAUUAUUAUUACGUGGAAAUUGUAUUUUAGAUGAAACAAUGUUGACAGGAGAAAGUAUUCCACAGAUGAAAGAAUCAAUAGAAACAUUGGAUAAAGAAAAAUAUUUUGAUUAUAAGAGAGAUAUGAAACUUCAUGUUUUAUGUGGUGGAACUAAAAUUAUACAACAUUCAUACAAACACAAUAAUAAUGAUAUUCUCCCAAAACCUCCAAAUGAUGGAGUAUUAUGUUAUGUACUUAAAACUGGAUUUAGUACUUCACAAGGUUCAUUAUUAAGAACAAUUUUAUUUGGUGUUAAUAAAGUUACGGCUAAUAAUUUUGAAGCAUUUAUAUUUAUUUCCUUUUUACUUGUUUUUGCAAUUGCUGCAGCAAUUUAUGUUUGGAUAACUAGAAGUGUAGAGGAAAAUUUUGAUAGAUUUCAAACUUUUGUUAAAUGUUCACUAAUUAUUACUAGUGUUGUCCCAACAAAAUUACCUAUAGUAUUAUCAUUGGCUGUAAAUCAAUCAUUAGAAGCUUUAUCUAAAUUAGGAAUAUUUUGUACUGAACCAUUUAGAAUUCCAUUUUGUGGAAAAGUAGAUAUUUGUUGUUUUGAUAAAACUGGUACUCUUACAACUGAUAAUCUUGUUGUAGAUGGUAUUGGUAUUAUUGAUGAAAAUAAAAAUAUUUCUAUAAAGAAUAAAAAUGAGAUUAGUGAUAUAACAUUAAAUGUUUUGGCUUCAUGUCAUUCAUUAAUAAUAUUAGAUGGAGACUUGGUAGGAGAUCCAAUAGAAAAAUCAUCAUUAAAUUGGAUUGAAUGGAAUAUUAUUGAAAAUGAUUUGAUAUCUUCAAAUGACAGAAACUCUCAAACUAUAAAAAUUUUACAAAGAUAUCAUUUUACCAGUCAACUUAGAAGAAUGACAGUUAUUUCUGAAGUUACAUCAAUUAAUAAUAAGUCAAAUAUGAUUGUUACAGUUAAAGGUGCUCCUGAAGUAUUAAAAAAUAUGUUAACUUCUAUACCAGAGGGUUAUGUUAAUGGUUAUAAAAAAUUAACUCAACAAGGUUUUCGUGUAUUAGCAUUGGGUUAUUCAAAGUUAAAAAAUAUAGAUAAAAAUAAUUUACGACAUAUCUCAAGAAAUGAAUUUGAAAAAGAUUUAACAUUUGCUGGUUUUUUAGUUAUUUCCUGUCCAUUAAAAGAUGAUUCAAAAAUUAUGAUAAAAGAAAUUAAAGAUUCAGGACAUGAUGUUGUAAUGAUUACUGGUGAUAAUCAAUUGACAGCUUGUCAUGUAUCUAAUGAAUUAAAGUUUACAGAUGAACUAAAAGAAAUAAUGAUUUUAGGUAAUGAAAAUGAUAAAUGGUAUUGGCAAUCAGUUGAUGAAAAGAAAAAAGUAGAAUUAAAAAAUGAAUCUUUUGAAUUUUUUAAUCAAAAUGAAUUAUGUGUUACUGGUAAUGGUUUUGAUUAUCUUUAUAAGAAUGAACAUAAUUAUUUAAAGUCAAUUUUAAAAUAUAUAAAAAUAUAUUCUCGUAUGGCUCCAAAACAAAAAGAAGAAGUAAUAAAUGAAUUAAAAAAUCAAGGAUAUAUUACAUUAAUGUGUGGUGAUGGAACUAAUGAUGUUGGAGCUUUGAAACAUUCUCAUGUUGGAGUUGCUCUUUUAUCUCAUCCAUCUGAUACAAGUAAAACAAAUAAUUCAAUUAUUGAACCAGUUUCAGUAAUUCCUGAAUUUAUAAAAUAUUUUCUUUCACCAGAUCAUCCAUAUAAUAAAAGACUUGAAGAUGAAAAAAAAAUGAUGAAAGAAUUAGGAUUAGACAAGAAUUCUGUUAUAAAAUUAGGAGAUGCAUCAAUUGCAGCACCAUUUACAUCUAAGUUUACAUCAAUAUCUUCUAUUUGUACUAUUAUAAAACAAGGAAGAUGUACUUUAGUUGUUACAUUACAGAUGUUUAAAAUUCUUGCAUUGAAUGCUUUAAUAUCUGCUUAUUCUCAAUCAGUAUUAUAUUCAUUAGGUAUACGAGCUUCUGACUAUCAAAUGUCACUUAAAGGUUCACUUUUAUCUGCAUGUUACUUAUUUGUAACUUCAUCUAGACCAUCUAAUAAAUUAUCAAAAAGAAAACCAAUGCCAAAUAUUUUUAAUAUUUAUACAAUUUCAACAGUAUUUUUUCAAUUUCUAGUCCACUUUGCUUGUAUUUUAUAUAUUGUUAAUCUUUCUAACAUUUAUGAACCACAAAUAGAAAAAGUAACUUCAGAAACUAAGUUUGUUCCUUCAUUACUCAAUUCUUCAAUUUAUCUUCUUGGAAUGACAUUACAAAUAUCAAAUUUUGCUGUUAAUUAUAAAGGUCAACCGUUUAUGGAGAGUAUAUUUGAAAAUAAACCUUUUCUAUAUUCUCUUAUAUUAGCACUUAGUGUUAUUUUUAUUUUUGCUUCAAAUCUUUUACCAAUAAUGUCAAACUUUUUUGAAGUAGUACAAUUUCCAAGUGACUUUAAAAACAAAUUAAUUAUUAUUUUAUUUGGAAAUAUUACUACAUGUUUUAUUAUUGAUAAGACUUUAAAUUUUUUUAUUGGAGACAAUAAACUAAAAAAAGUUGUACAAUAA